CUGCCCCAUUGUGAUUUUGCCCACUGUACAAAUUACAUACUCUUAGAACUAAAUACUUACUAGGAUAUUUGUAAGCAGAAAAAUGUACGUUAAGCCAUUACUUUUUGUACAUCUUGCCCUACAACUUGUACCUAUACACUUGAACAAUGCUAUUGACCAAUUAUCUGGAGACCAAUUUAUGGUCCCAACCCAGACGGAGAUUCCGGACGGAUUUUUGUACCUCGGACAAUUCGGAACCAAGGCGUAUUACUAUGGAAAAAGAAUUUGCCUAAGGCAAAACCAAGCUAGAGAAAAAUGCGCCGAACUUGGCAUGAAACUUGCCCGAAUCGACGGCACGGAGGAGAUUAACUGGAUUAACGAUAGGAUUAAUACGCCCUCAACUAAUUGCGAUAACCCCUGGACGGACGGUGAGCUUAUCACAGAUACGGAUUCUUUCGAGUGGCGCACCAACCGCACUUCGCUAUCCACUGACCUGCACAUCGAUUCUGACGACAAUUGUUGCGUUUGGGUGGAUUUAAUAGGACGCCGUUUGCGCGCCAUUUAUAGGAAUGCCGUUGCUUCACCGUUAUGUUAUUUAGAGACACGUGGUGACGUUACUCGUCCACAAAAUAAUAAUAUACCCGGGUUGUCUAAAAAUUCCCGGGAGGAUUUUUUCCAAAAUGGGAAGGUCCUCAUUCCUGAGAGUCAAGGUCAAAGCGUGCAUGCUGAACUUAAUUACGUGGGGACGUAUCACGGCAAAGAGUUCUACUUUGGGACGGGAUACAGGAACCAAGGGGGUACUCAAUUUCUUGGACGAGUUAAGUGUGCCGAGGCUGGCAUGAAUUUUGCAAAGAUUGACUCGCCCGAGGAGAUUGCCUGGCUGAGUUGGUUGCUCCCACCUACGAACUACUGGACGGACGGUGUGCAGAAAUCAAGCCCCUUAAGGUAUCACUGGGCUACAGAUCAAAGUCCGCUAAACAGUGAACUUAAUGUCACAAGUGUCGCCCUUGGUUUAGCCUUGAACACAUUUGCGAAGCUCGUCACAUAUGACCAAAAUGACACACAACGUCUAAUCUGGUAUUUGUGCUAUCAGUAUCGGUUGAAGAAAUGAUUUAAUGAAUAAAUUUGAACUUUAACUUGA